CCGGGAAGGAAGGCGGGGACAGCACCGUGCAGCCCCCGGGGCCGGGCACAGGCAGGCCUCUGCGGGCCCAGGGCACCACUCUUGGGGGCUCCUGGACAAUUAGAGAACUUCGAGGACGAAAGCUCCCUGCGGCGCUGAGCGCGGAGUCCCCAUGGCCUCGCUGAGCAGAGCCCUGCGUGUGGCCGCCACCUGCCCUCGCCGGGACCUGGGGCUGCGUGAGCUGACCAGCCGAGCCGGGCCCACCACCGAGAAGAGCGUGCCGUACCAGCGGACCCUGAAAGAGGCCCAGGGCCCCUCGGCGGUGGCCCAGGGCCCAAGCCGGCCCCUGCCCAGCACAGCCAACGUGGUGGUCAUCGGCGGGGGCAGCUUGGGCUGCCAGACCCUGUACCACCUGGCCAAGCUGGGCGUGAGCGGGGCGGUGCUGCUGGAGCGGGAGCGGCUGACCUCCGGGACCACCUGGCACACGGCGGGCCUGCUGUGGCAGCUGCGGCCCAGCGAUGUGGAGGUAGAGCUUCUGGCUCACACGAGGCGCGUGGUGAGCCGUGACCUGGAGGAGGAGACGGGGCUGCACACAGGCUGGAUCCAGAAUGGGGGCCUGUUCAUAGCAUCCAACCGGCAGCGUCUGGACGAAUACAAGAGGCUCAUGUCGCUGGGCAAGGCAUAUGGCGUGGAGUCGCACGUGCUGAGCCCGGCGGAGACCAAGGCGCUGUAUCCGCUGAUGAACGUGGACGACCUGUAUGGGACCCUAUAUGUGCCGCAGGACGGUACCAUGGACCCCGCCGGCACCUGCACCGCCCUCAGCAGGGCCGCUGCUGCGCGGGGAGCACAGGUCAUCGAGAACUGCCCAGUGAGUGGCAUCCGCGUGCGGACCGAUGACUUUGGGGUGCGGCGGGUCGCCGCCGUGGAGACAGAGCAUGGCUCCAUCCAGACGCCCUGUGUGGUCAACUGUGCAGGCGUGUGGGCCGGCGCUGUGGGUCGGAUGGCUGGAGUCAAGGUCCCGCUGGUGGCCAUGCACCACGCCUACGUUGUCACUGAACGCAUUGAGGGCAUCCAGAACAUGCCCAAUGUCCGCGACCAUGAUGCCUCGGUCUACCUCCGCCUCCAAGGGGAUGCCUUGUCUGUGGGCGGCUAUGAGACCAACCCCAUCUUCUGGGAGGAGGUGUCAGACAAGUUUGCCUUUGGCCUCUUCGACCUGGACUGGGAUGUGUUCAGCCCGCACAUCGAAGGUGCCAUCAACCGCGUUCCUGUGCUGGAGAAGACAGGGGUCAAGUCCACGGUCUGCGGCCCUGAGUCCUUCACGCCUGACCACAAGCCCCUGAUGGGGGAGGCGCCUGAACUCCGAGGAUUCUACCUGGGCUGUGGUUUCAACAGUGCAGGGAUGAUGCUGGGUGGCGGCUGUGGGCAGGAGCUGGCCCACUGGAUUGUCCAAGGGCGCCCAGAGAAGGACAUGUACAGCUAUGACAUCAGGCGCUUCCAUCCCUUGCUCACGGACCACCGCCACUGGAUUCGUGAGCGCAGCCACGAGUCCUAUGCCAAGAACUACUCGGUUGUCUUCCCCCACGACGAGCCCCUGGCAGGGCGCAACAUGAGGACCGACCCCCUGCAUGAGGAGCUACUUGCACAAGGCUGUGUGUUCCAGGAGCGACAGGGCUGGGAGCGGCCCGGAUGGUUUACUCCCCAAGGCACAGCUCCGGUUCUGCAGUACGACUACUACGGGGCCUAUGGAAACCAGGCACACGGAGACCAUGCCUACGGCCGCCUGCUUGGGGACGAGUACACGUUCGACUUCCCACCGCACCAUGACGUGAUCAAGAAGGAGUGUCUGGCCUGCAGAGGGGCCGCUGCUGUGUUCAACAUGUCCUACUUCGGCAAGUUCUACCUGGUGGGCUUGGAUGCGAGGAAGGCUGCCGACUGGCUCUUCUCUGCUGAUGUCAGCCGACCCCCUGGCUCGACGGUGUACACCUGCAUGCUGAACCACAGGGGUGGCACCGAAAGUGACCUGACUGUCAGCCGCCUGGCCCCCAGCCCCCAGGCCUCUGCCCUGGCCCCUGCCUUUGAAGGGGAGGGCUACUACCUGGCCGUGGGCGGGGCCGUGGCCCAGCACAACUGGGCUCACAUCAGCACGGUGCUGCAGGAUCAGAAAUUCCGGUGCCAGCUCAUCGACAGCUCUGAGGACCUGGGCAUGAUCAGCAUCCAGGGCCCAGCCAGCCGGGCCAUUCUCCAGGAGGUGCUUGAUGCAGACCUGAGCAAUGAGGCUUUCCCGUUUUCCACCCACAAGCUGGUGAGGGCCGCCGGGCACCUGGUGCGGGCCAUGAGGCUGUCCUUCGUCGGGGAGCUGGGCUGGGAGCUGCAUGUGCCCAGGCCAGCCUGUGUGCCCGUUUACCAGGCUGUGAUGACGGCAGGCGCCAAGCACGGCCUCGUCAACGCUGGGUACCGGGCCAUCGACUCCCUGAGCAUCGAGAAAGGCUACCGGCACUGGCAUGCCGACCUGCGCCCUGAUGACAGUCCCCUGGAGGCAGGCUUGGCCUUCACCUGCAAGCUUAAGUCGGCCAUCCCCUUUCUGGGACGGGAGGCCCUGGAGAAGCAGCGGGCCGAGGGCCUCCGCCGACGCCUGCUGUGCUUCACGGUGGAUGAAAAAGUGCCCAUGUUCGGCCUGGAGGCCAUCUGGAGAAACGGCCAAGUGGUGGGCCACAUCCGGAGGGCUGACUUUGGCUUCGCCAUCGACAAGACCCUGGCCUACGGCUAUAUCCGGGACCCCAGCGGCGGGCCGGUCUCGCUGGACUUUGUGAAGGGUGGGGACUACGCUCUGGAGCGGAUGGGGGUGACCUACCCUGCCCGGGCUCACCUGAAGUCCCCCUUCGACCCUGACAACAAGAGGGUGAAGGGGUUCUACUGAUGUGCCCACGGGGCGGAGCUUCCACGGAUCAGGAGGCCGAGACCUGCUCCAUCCCUCGCUGACCAUCCACACAGGGCCUGCCACCCUGGCCCAGGACCUGGACCCUGACUGGAACAUGGGUCUUCCCUGCUCUUACUCCAGGCCUGCUAACCCCCCAAACAGAUACCAGCUGAGUAGACAGAAGACUCAGAGGGUCCAUCCUGUGGUCACUGACCAAAGGAUGGUUGCUAGCCAACACCUACCCCCCCACACCAAAACAACCGCGUAAAGUCUUGGGCUCAGGCAGCGUGCCGUGUGGCCCUCUACAGGCUUCCAGGAAGAUGCUCAGUUAGCGCUUUGCACCCAGUGUAAAAGCAGGGAGGCAGAGUUCCGUCUGGAAUCCCAGGCCCACCUGACAGGCAGACUGCCCAGAGCAUCACUGGAGAGCUUCAAGGUGCAUCUGGAAUUAGGGACAGAGUAAGGAUUGACUAGAACUAUCUGCCGUGGGCGCAGUAUGGGAGGCAUAGAACAGGUAUGCCAGCUUGGCUCGGUCCCUGCAGUCAGGCCACUGGGCAGGAUGGCCCAUUUCCCAGAUGCUGGCAGGGAAGGGAGUCCAAAAAGCAAGCUCUUCCUGCCUUGACCUGCUUUUCACUUGGGAAAGCCUUCUGACCUUUGCCAGCUCAUGAAAUAGGUGCGCAGAAGCAGGGCGUGGGAGGGGUCUCCCCUCGCCUGCCCCCCUCCCUCCCGGCUCACACACCUGCCAGAUUGCGAUGACCACCGGGCAGCCCCAGCAAAACUGCACCACACAGUCCUGCCCAGGCUUGCCUGACCCUCUGGGGAGAGCCGAAGACGACAGACGUGCGGGGCACAGGGAGGACGGGAUUCCCGCGGACACACACAAGAAGCAGUGGGGGGAUUGGGGUGUAGGCAGUCCUUGGCGGGCCCUGGCUGCUUUCAGAUGCUCACACACCACCCAGCCCCGCUGUGGACUGAGCUGGAACAGGUCAGGCUAAUAAAGUCAA